GCACGCAACAGACACACACGACACGCCGACAUGUCUAGACGACCACGUGCUAAGAUAUAACCAAUCAGAGUGCUUGUUUUGCUAUGUCCUGUCGGCAAGCAACCUUCACUGUGCAAUGGUCGAUUUUCAAGGUAUUAAGAAUGCAGCAGGCCUUAUAUACUUCGUCUAGACAUAAAAUACUUCCUAUCUUCUCUUUACUUGGAUUGUUCGUUUCAACAGGGAUACGUUUCUUGUAGCUCUCUACUCAAAAGAAGUGAUUUCAUACCAAUGUUAUAUGUUCAACUUGUUCACUGUGGCCAACUUUCACAAUACACAUCUGAUUCAAAAUCUUCUCAAAUUCUGUGUCUUAGACGGCGACAAAAUAGCGGAACUCAAAGACACGACGAAUUCAAUCCUCAAACGACUCAAAGUUUGUGAGUUGGGGUUUUUACUGCAGGCUUUACAGUCGAGAGGAGGUGAUGUGUCGAGCUGUGUUUUCUAUCCGUGUGAUGACAGAAUCGGCAAACGAAUCAUACACGAGCCGCAUCUCAUUGUAUAUCGAACAUUUAGACACCCCGGUAUACAGUCUGUGAGCGAACUUAAGCAUCUUGCCGUAUGUUCACGACAUGAUGUUACAAAUGAGAAAAUUUGUAUCAAUCCGUACCACUACAGUGCAGUCGUACAGAUAGAACUUCCAGCUAAAAGAAGUACACCAGUUAAGAGCAAGAAUGACACGAAGAGAGAAGAAUCUUCUUCAGGUUUUGUCAGUAAUUAUACGCCGUCUACAUCGAUGGAACCAACUGUAUCGUCCAUGCCUUUGUCCCUGACAGAACACCCAAGAAAUCCUAAAGAAUGGCCAAAACGUAGUUGGUGUUGUGUUGCUUAUUGGGAGCAUAACGAUCGUAUUGGUCCACUCUACCAUCAGUAUCAACACCACAACAUUCUAAAUAUAUAUGAAUCUCUACCCGUAUCAAACAAGGCAAAAGGAAUGUGUUUAGCCGCACUAUACGGAGAUUCUAUUGCUUCCGACACAACAAAGAGAGUAAGGAAUCAUAUUGGUUUUGGACUUCAACUUUCAAGGGAAGAAGAUGGUAUUUGGAUGUAUAACAGAAGUGAUUUCUCGCUGUUUGCUAACGGACCAACGUUAUCUGAAAGAACUUCUGAAUUCACUUGUAGACAUAAUACUAUUGUACAUAAAGUACCUCCUGGAUACUCGCUAAAACUCUACGAUUAUACCGAAAGUCCGCGAACUUGCCAGUCUUAUGGUGACGAUGUAAAACUUUCCGUGCCACACAGUGUGAGGGUUAGUUUUGCUAAAGGAUGGGGAAAUACCUGUUCCACUUCUUACCGCAGACAGUUUGUCACGUCAUGUCCAUGUUGGAUCGAAAUUCAUUUCGUUGUCUGAAUAUUGAAGCGGACGACCUAAGGUUUAGUUAUUGUAGCAUAUCCAAUAAAAUUAUAUAUUAUGCAUAUAUAUAUAUAUAAUUUGCAGUAUUUUUGCAAGCGCUGCA